AUGGACCCCAGCACCGCCCAACAGGGCCAGCAGCCCGCGGCCCCCACGAUCGCCUCGCUUGGCGACGACCUGCUGGCCAAGUGUUUCUCUUUGCUGGAGCAGGCGGACCUGCUCUCUACAACGGCCCUCGUGUGCCGGCGCUGUCACAAGGUCAGCACCAGGCGAGAGCUGGUGCAGCAUGUGAAGUUCCGGGGCAGCGAUGAUUGGGCGGCCACGGUGCAGGGUGCCCGGUCGCUGCUGCGGUGGAUGCGGCGGCACGGCCAGGCGGUACGCAGCCUCGAUGUCUCGCUGGAACCCGUCAGCGAGAUCGAGCAGGCAGAGUUUGCGUCGGUGCUGGACGGCUGCAUCACCGUCUGCGCCGGCAGCCUGGAGCGCCUGACGCUGUACCUAUUCGGCCGCAGCUACACGCUUGGGGGCUAG